AUGGUUCAACAAAAACCUGUACCCCUUCCUCAACUAAAGGAACCUUUUACUGAUCCAGAAUUUCCACCAAAUGAAAAAUCUCUUGGUUCCAGUAAGAAGAAAAAGAUCAAUUUUGGUAAAUUUAAAAGAUUAUCAGAAAUAUUUGCUAAGCCUCAGUUGGUUGUCGAUGGUAUUGAUGUGUCAGAUAUAUGUCAAGGCUCUUUUGGAGAUUGUUGGUUAUUGAGCUCAUUGGCUACAGUUGCUAGAUUUCCACAUUAUAUUGCCCAUUUGUUUGUAAAUGCAAAUAUCCCUAUGGGUCAGUAUGUUGUUAGAUUAUUUUGGAGAAAUGAAUGGCGUUGCAUUGUAGUGGAUGACUAUGUUCCUGUAGAUAAAAAUGGCAAGCUAAUGGUCGUUCACUCAAAGAAUGAGAAUGAGUUGUGGCCUAUUAUUGUUGAAAAGGCGAUAGCAAAGUUAUUAGGAAGUUAUGCAAACAUUGAAGGAGGUGAGGGUCCUCUGGGGAUGUAUUUGUUUACUGGAUGCCUUCCUCAAUAUGAACAUAUUGUGCAACCGAAUUCAAAAUCCAGAAAUGGAGGCCUUUCAUUGCCGGAAACUUGGCAAUGUAUUAUCAAAUCAUUUAAUGAUGGAAAUGUUAUUGGAUUUGGGUCAUCUCAUAAUGAACGUGGAGAUGAAUAUAUAUCAAUAACGGGAAUAGUGGGAUCUCAUUAUUAUGCACUUGUGGAUGCAAUAGAAUACAAGGGAAACCAAUUGGUGAGAUUGAGAAAUCCUUGGGGUUCAACUGAAUGGAAAGGUGAGUGGUCAGAUUCUUCCAAGCAAAUGACUCCACAAGUGAAAAAAGACUUGAACGAACGUGUCACUGAAAUGUCCUGCUUGGUACAGCAAUUAUGUUGUCACGGUCAACUAUUUUGUCGUUCUCAAUCUGGUAAAAUGAAGAGUGAGGAAGUGAAAAAUGAUGGCAUGUUUUGGAUUUCCUUUCAAGAUCUUGUUCUUAGGUUCAAUACAAUGACCAUUGGUCAUUUGGUGAAUAUUGACUAUUUAUCCAAUGAGAGCAAUGUUUUUGGGCUUCAAUUUAAUCAUGAACUUCUGCAAAGAAUUCAUAAAUCAUCAACUUAUCCUCAAAUCAAACAAAUCUUCAAGUAUGAUGCUAAAGACGUGGUAAGAGAUGAUAAGGUAUCUGGGAAAUACUUAACACAAAGGUUUACACUUUCUAUUGAUAGAGAAUCAAGAGUUAUUUUCGCACUGAGGAUGAUACACAGCGACAUGGUGAAGUACAAUACUUGUUUACAGCUGGUUUGUCAGAGUUUGAACAUUGUUAGUACAGGUUUAUAUGUUUUUAACGGAACUACAAGAUCUAUACCACCAGGAAAGCACCCAUUCACAGUUCAUUCAGAGAAUAGAGAUGGAAAAUUUUCUGAUAUUGAAGUUGUGGUAUUUUGGGAAAAUAGACAGGCUCAUAUUGCUAUUAGUGAAGACCAACUUAGAUAGACAACUGGAGAGUAACACUGUGUCAUCAUCUUCCAAAUUUGUACCAAUAAUCAUGUUGUCAAUUUACUAAGUUCCGAUUUGAUGUAGAGUUGAUUAAUAGCCCUAUUACAAUCAAACAAUAAAACAACAAUUCAUAAUGUUUAUUAU